CACACUACUAAGAUGGCUUUGAAGAUCGCUGCUCUCUUCGCCUUGAUGGCAGUUGUUUUUACUGAGUCUAGCCCUAGAUAUAGUCCCCCUGUCCCCACCUAUAGUGCCCCCGCACCCGCUCCUUCGGGACCAGCGCAGUACAACUUCAACUACGUCGUGAAAGAUAAUAUUGGGAACGACUUCGGCCACCAAGAAAACAGGGAUGGAUACGACACUCAGGGUACUUUCUUUGUUCAGCUUCCUGACGGUCGUCUGCAGAUUGUAACCUAUAAUGUGAACGGCGAUUCCGGUUUUGUAGCCGAUGUAGCCUACCAAGGAGAGGCCCAGUACCCUGCCCAACAACCAGCUCGAUCCUACCAACCUGCUCCCACCCUGCCUACGGUUAAUGGUCAUUCCUGUUUAUGAUCAAUGUUAAUAUAAAUCAUGGAUAUUAAGACAUACACCUAAAUUUCGUAUUCUCAUUACCAAUAGAAACGUUACUAGGAAAUGAAAAUCGCUUAACAAAUAAAACCCAAAUAGUACGGGAUAUUUAGGCUAUAUGGUUAUCGAUCCCAUGCAUUAUAAACAAAGUGCAAAGAAAAAAAAAAAAGUAUGAUGAACUGAG